CUUCUUGGCUCUCGCCGACUCGCCGGUACGCGCCGCCGCGGCCCGCCGGGGGCGCGGCCGGAAAAAAGUGGCCAAAUGGGGAACCCCACCUAACACGUCCCUGCGCACGGACAAAACCACUGAAAAAGCUCGACCGUUGCAGCUCACAGGAAGCAAGCAUGCCGCCCGGGCUGGUCGCUGCCGCGCCAAUCGGCCGCCGGCUCUCGACCGCAGCCUCCACGCCGCUGUCCAGCCUCACCGACGCGCUCCUCGCCACCCGCCUCGCUAGCCACCUCCUCACCACGCCACACCUGCCCGCCGCGCUGCUGCCCACGGCGCCGCUGCCGCUCCCCGUCCACCUCCACAUCCUCCGCCACCCGGCGCUCCCGCCGGCCUCCAAGCUCUCCUUCUUCCUCGCCGCCACGCCGCCCUCCUCCCCGCUCCUCGCGUCCACCUUCCCCGUCCUCGUCCGCGCGCUCGCCGCCGGCUCGCCGCCGCUCCUCGACGCGCUCCUCCCGUUCGCGCUCUCCUCCGCGUCCCCGUCCACCCUCCUGCCCGCCCUCCUCUCGUCUCUCCUCUCCGCUUCGCGCCUCGACGCCGCGCUCUCACUCUUGGACGCCGCGCCGCCAGACCUCCUCCCCCGCCUCGCCGCAGCUGCUCUCCCUUCCCUCAUAGCCUCCCCGAACCUCAUCGCUGCGGUCCCCGCCAUCCGCAGGCUGCUUCCCAUCGCCUCCCAACCACCACCCGUCCGGGCCACGAACCGCCUCCUCCUCGCCUUAUCGAAGGAGAACCUCUGCGAUGACUUCCGCUAUGUGUUCGAAGAAUUGUCGAGGAGGGGCCUUCCUUCGAAUGUGAGGUUAUACAACAUUUGCAUCCACGCGUUUGGCAAGUGGAGGCAGCUGGGUAUGUCGCUGAGGCUUUUCGCAGCAAUGAAGGCCGCCACUCCUCCUGUUUCGCCAGACAUAUGCACUUAUAAUUCAGUCAUCCGGGCACUUGUGGUCGGUGCACGGGUACCUGAUGCUCUGGUGAUUUUUGAUGAAAUGAAAUCUUCUGGGAUUGAGCCAGACGUCUUUACUUAUCGAGCAGUCAUGAAUGGGUGCUGCAAGAGUUUUCGGAUGGAUGAUGCACUGCGUGUGUUUCAGGAGAUGCGGGGCAGCAGUGGGGUGAAGAGUGAUGUGGUGGUGUACAAUUCACUUCUCGAUGGGCUGUUUAAAGCAAAGAAGCUUGACGAGGCAUGCGGUUUUUUUGAGACAAUGGUGGCUGAUGGAAUCCAAUGCUCAGCAAGCACACACAACACUCUGAUAGAUGGGCUGUUUAAGAAUGGGAGGGCAGAAGCAGCAUGUCGGCUUUUUUACGAGCUGAGAAGGAAAGGGCAACUGUUGGAUGGAAUUGCUUAUAGUAUCAUGGUGAGGGAGUUCUGCAAGGAGGGGAUGGGGGACCAAGUUGCAGAGGCCGUAGAGUUGGUGAAGGAGAUGGAGCAGCAAGGCUUCAGUGUCGAUUUGGUUACAAUAACAUCAUUGCUAAUAGGUUUUGACAAGAGUAAACGUUGGGACUUGGAAGAGCAAAUAGUAAAGUUUAUAAGGGGCAGCUCUGUAUUGCCGGAUGCCAUUCGGUGGAAAUCAGACAUGAUGGUUGCCUUGAGGGGACCUCAUGGCAGAGACAAAGAUGGGACACCACUGUUUUCCUUUGAUGGUAAUAUGGAUGAUAUGAUGAGUCUGGUUAACCAUGUGGGACAUACAGGUACUGAUGAAGAAACCCCAAAUAGUGAUCCCAAGGAUGAUUGGUCACUGUCACCACACUUGGAUCAUCUUGCUAAACAUGCUGACAGUUUGAACGGCUCUGCUGUAUUUACAAUGCACAGAGGGCAGAGGGUGCAAGGUAUGGGUGCCAAGACUUUUGAUGCUGACAUGAUCAAUACAUACUUGUCAAUUUUUUUAGCCAAAGGGAAGUUGAGUGUUGCUUGCAAGUUAUUUGAGAUUUUUACGAAUCUAGGAAACAAAGGGACAAGUUAUACAUACAAUUCACUGAUGACCUCGUUUGUCAAGAAGGGCUAUUUGAAACAAGUAUGGGCAAUUCUUCAUGAGAGGGGUGGACAGCUCUGCCCUAAUGAUGUAGCAACAUAUAAUCUAAUCAUUCAAGGUCUUGGCCAGAUGGGGAAAGCAGAGGUUGCUAGCACAAUUAUUGACCGGUUGUCAAAGAAAGGUGUUUACAUGGACAUUGUAAUGUAUAACACUUUGAUCAAUCAGUUGGGAAAGGUCGGAAAGGUUGAAGAAGCAGGUUGCUUAUUUGAGCAGAUCAUCAGAAGUGGCAUGAAGCCAGAUGUUGUUACUUUUAAUACAUUGAUCAAUAUUAAUGCAAAAGCUGGUAGACUAAAGGAAGCUGACAAAUAUUUGAGGAGGAUGAUCACAGAAGGCAUUGCGCCAAACUACGCUACAGAAACAAUAUUGAUUUUCCUUGAUAAGGAGAUUGAAAAGAGAAGGAAGCAGCACAAAUGAACUAGCAAAAAAAUACGAACGAAAACAGUGUGAUAUCUGUUAUUUGUAUUAACCAUUACAAGUUCAGAAGGCUUGGCUGAACCAAACUAAUGGAGUGAUGAUCACUUUUGAUAUGCUCACUGAUAUUCCGAUAUUUUCGUUUCUUUUCUGGAGGGGGGCUCGUGGGGACCUUUCUUUUCCCCUUGAACUCCAUGACAAAGAUGUUAAUUCAGAAAUUCCAUACAAAGUACUGAGUAUGGAGCCAUCAUUCUUCCAUUCAUAUCAAAAAAAUAGGAUCCCAUGGGAUCCGUGGAGUAGGCCGCUUCCUACUAGGAUAGGUGCGGGCCCUACAACCAGUGCCUUCUCGUCUGAUGAUGGGAAUGUAUCGAUCAAGGUUGGUUUAAGGCCGUAUCCAUGGGGUAUGAUUGCGGAUAGGUUCCUAUGGUUCUUCCUAAGCUGGCAAUUGACAAAGCUAGGUAUGACUCUGUUGCAUCACCAGGUUCAUUGAUCUAUGGGCAUCAAUUGUCAAGAAAACCAGUUGUAAGGCAAUAAAUAGGGGAUCUAUGGCCAGAAAUUGAUAUCUGUUGCACUGACUCAGUCAUGCUCUGAUUUGUCUUUACAAGGUGCAGUUCACAUUAUGCUAUACUAUGAGUUUCCAUCAAGUGCUUGAACUCUUUCUCCCUUUUUUUUGACAUGAAUGUGCUAUCAGUAUGCAUGUGUUACAACCAAAUGUUUGGAGUAUGUUACCUUUCCUAUAUGUUCUUAGCUUCUUUUAUCAAACCCAUGCUAAAAAGUAUGACUUCUCUCUCUCUCUCUCUCUCUCUCUCCAACUUUUGAACUACGAGACUUUAAGCACAGGAAACAGACUAGGUCACAGAGGCACAGCACUAACAAAAUGAGAAUAGCAAUAAGGUCUCUGAUAUCUUAUUCUAACACUCAAAUUUCUCUCUUGGUAACUCUAGCUCCUGGAAUGCUUAAUGUAGUGAAAUAAACAUUAGAAAACUUGAAACUCUUUUGUUAAUUAGAUGUUGAAUGUGGCAUGUAUGUCAUUCUACAUUUUAUUAUAGCUUCUUCUAGUCAUAACCUACAACAGUGCUUUGUUCCAAGUCCCCAGCUUGGUGUUUUGCCUGUUUUGCGAGCAUUAUAUCCCUUGUAUUCAAUCACUUGCCCUCAAUUUUUUUGGUAUAAUUUUAUUUUUACUAUGCUAAAACUGUGGUGCAAUUGGUUGCAUCAGAUAAUAUGGUAAGCAUACUCUAGGUACUGGAACAUUAAGACAUUAUUAGAAGAAAGGGAAAGUCGCAAAAACUCACCUGCAAGUUAGGGGGGUUCAAAUACCCACAUGCAUCUCACUGACUUAUAGUCUAAGAACUGCAAUAGAUUCCCCUCACCCUGUGCCCAUUGACUGGUCUAUAUAGUUGUUGUUUGGCCUCCAGCAUCCCUCAACUCGUACCACAUACACUUUGGUACUAGAGAUUCCCCAUUAAGGCCCUGUUUGGUACGACUCCGACUCCGGCUUAUCAGGUAGUGCAGCUUAUCUGGUGGAGCUAAACAUUUGGCAAAAACGGCUCCAGUGAUGUAAUAAAUUGUAUUAGGUUUGUGAGGAGCCGUGAGAAGUCAGUUUUUUUGGCCUCAGCUCAUCUACCAGAGCUGUUUUUAUAGGCACAUUUUGCUCGGGACAUCGAAGAGACAUGGAAUUUGCUAGCUCACACCACCAACUUUGAAUUUGGCUAAGUACCAUUAUUAAUUCUUUGUUCUUUGUUAUAACACACCGCUGCUCAACAGAUAUGGUUGACUCAAUCAAGUUAAACAGGGCGAGCAGUCGAGCACUUGCUUUGCCCUUUGUCAUUCAUUCUCCAUUCAUCUCUCUCUCUCUAUCAUCGACGCCUCUUCCUGGAUGACGAUGACAUCGGCUCCCCUUCUGCUUCCUUCGCUGCAACUUUUUGGUUGGUUGGUUGUGGCUGGUUGAUUUGGGAUAGGAGGUUCAUGGUGAUACUUUUAGCAUACUUUUCAGUUAAGGUGUACUUGUUCUCUCGGAUCAGUGGCAUUGUUGCUCAUAACUUUUUUUCCCUAUAUAAUACAUUUUAUCUAUAACGUGAUUAUGUUGCUAUGCCUAGAAUACUGAAGUGCUAUAUCAUUAUAUGAAGUUUACUGUUACUGACAUAAGGAGCUUGGCAAACAAAAUUUGUUUAGAAUAUUUUGGUCCAUGCGUGACACCAAUUGUUUGUUCACAAUAAGCAGACAGAUACUAUUUACUGGAAAGCUUAGUUUAUGGACAUUGUGUACUUUCAUGCGAAGCUUAGUUUUGGUCCAUAUGAAGAUGUUAGGAUUGAACAGUCUGUACUUUUGUGAUCUAGACUAGGAGGAUCUCUAUCAUCAAAUUUGUGGCAGAUUUCAGUUGGAGAAUUGAUUGAGAUUAGGGAUGUACCCAGCAGCAAACUUUUGGGUGGGGGUUGGAGGGAUCUGUACUGAUGUAUUCUGGUGUUGCUAUUGCUCACAUGUAAAACACUUGUACCAGGGUAAUACAUUUGGCUUGAUA